AUGCCAAAAUCUCGAUUUUCUUCUGGGUAUUACCAUGAACGAGCAGUUGUGGUAGAGGCAAUAAAACCGGAUUUGAGUUCUCGACGUAUUCUUAGUGAAGCUGUCAAUUCUCAGUCUGAAAGCUUCUUAACGAUUCUAAGAAUGCUCUCUGAAAGGUUUUGUACCACUCCUGGAGUGAUUCUUCUAAGCCCGUUUGAGCAAGAUUGGUAUCAUUCUUUAUUAAAAGACCGACUUCGUCGCUUGGAUGCUUUACAUCGAAUUGGCAUAACCCACGGCGAUAUCCGCGAUCACCAUUUUCGACUCCCCGAUGAUAUUUACGAUACGGUCCUAUAUGAUUUCUCAGAAUCGUAUACUUUCUCUAUGAAGCAGCCUUUCCGGGUAAAUGGCGGGAGACCUCGACCUCUAAGCCUUAUAUCAGAGGGUGAACGCGAACGUGUACUUUUACACAUUUUCGAUCGAACCGCCUCGCGAGAUCUUCGUUCCCAUCUCAUAUAUUUUAAUAGCAAAACUUCGGUUACCGGCAUUGACUCUAAACAUACUUCUUCUGUUGACAACGCACUCUGGCAAUCUUUAGAUGAAGAGGAGGAACUUUUAGAGUUAAUCAUACUGAAAGUCUUCUAUCACCCAGAUGCCUUUUCGAUGCCGACCUUGAACUCCAUCUUUCCUUUUCUGGAAGCCGUGUGCCCAAGCUCUGACCUCUGCUGGCAUAUUCGUCGAGGUAGGCUUUUACAUCAUUAUGAGUCAGUUUGGGCAGUCUUUUCGGACGAUAAAGCUCAUCCCGAAUUACUCACUUUUGAUUUUGAGCCGCAAUUCGAGUCAAUUGAGAAAUUGGAGAAUACUCGCUUCAUACUUUGCUUAUUACCGCAUUUGUGGGAUUCUGCGUCAUUGAAGACUGAAUCCGGACUUACAAGCCUGCGAAAAAUUUGUUCGAGUUUCGUUGCAGCAGAAAGGCCUGGAAUAAUUCUCAGCCGAGCGGAAUUUGGAGAGGAAAUCUAG